UCACGCUCUCUGUGAUCGAUCACAAAGUUACCGCAUUUCCGGUUCGGUUGAAUUUGUAAAUGAAGUGAUCAUAAACAACAACCAACAGCGAAAAUGGGAGACGCCGUGGAGGCCCUGUUCAUCAGCACGGGCAGCGAGGACAACACCACGUGCAGCGUGCAGGAUUUGCGGACGGGCACCGACCUUAUGCGCUACAAGGGCGGCGGAUGUGCCCAGCACCACGGCCUGGAGAUGAUCCACCUGAACUACGUUUUCGCGGCAAACUCAGCGAAGCCACUGCUUCACGUCUGGCCCAUCAACAAGCAGGAGCAAAUGGCCGGACUGCGGUUCGUGGUGCCCGGCAAGGUCAAUGCGCUGGCGCUGACGCCUGAUGGCAACUUCCUGGUGGCUGGCAUCCAGGAGAACAUAUACCUGUGGCACAUGAACUCCGGUCGCAUGCUGAACACCCUGUCAAAGCACUACCAGGCGGUCACCUGCCUGCGCUUCACAGACAACGGCGAGCACUUCAUCAGCGGUGGCAAGGACGGAUCCGUGCUCGUCUGGGAUCUGACCUUCUCGGCCGCCCCGCUGGACACGGGCGGUGGCAAGGAUAGCACUGAUCCGUUGUACAGCUUCAACGAUCACGGCCUGGCCGUCACCGAUCUGUACUCCGGCAUCGGUGGCAUCCGUUCCUAUCUGUACACGGUCUCGCUGGAUCGCUGCUGCAAGGUGUACGACCUGUGCGGAGGCGUCCUCCUGUUGAGCGUGGUGUUCCCGGUGGCCCUGCACAGCGUGAUCGUCAACAAGAUGGAGACCACAGUGUAUGUGGGCUCCGGCGACGGCAAGGUCUUCGCCUUCCACAUGGAAAAGGCUCCGCGCAUGAAGGAAUACCACUUGGAGGAGGAGGAAAUUCAGGCCUUUGUAGGCCACACCGCCGGCAAGGCAAUCACCUGUCUGGCCUUGAAUUUGAGCGCCACAACGCUAGUCUCCGGCGGCGACGACAACCAAGUGUGCGUCUGGGAUGUGGGCAGCCGGCAGCUGAUCAAGAGCCUGCCCCAGAACGGCUCGGUGACCAACCUGCGAAUCCGCCUGCUUAGCCCUGCCAUCUUUCUGCCCGAGCACAAGCAGCCACAGCUGUUCGCCGACAGUCUGAAGAGGAUGAUCAGUCCGCCGGACGACAACGAUGGCAUCGAGCUAUUGAUCGAUGAGGCCAGCUCCACAGGACGAAAAACACCAGAGCUGGACUACACGAUAAGUUAUCCAGGCACGGAUGAGGAGAUUAUACUCAAACUAAUAGCGUCCAUGAGUACGGGAGGUGAUGCGGCAGAUGAAGCUGAAUCCGAAGCCGAGGAAGUCGAAUCCGCAGCGGAGGAAGUGCAAUCCGAAAACGAGGAAAUGGAAUCCGCAGCCGAGGAGGUGGCUUCCGCAGCGGAGGAAGAAUCCGGAGCAGAGGAAGUUCAGUCAGAUGCAGAGGAUGAGCCAAGUACGUCCGAGACAAGUGGCGUGGAGGUGCAGAAGCUACUGGCGGAGAAUGCCCGCCUCAAGGAGGAGUCCAAGCGCCUGUUUGACCUCGUGUUUAAGUACAUCUCCAGCGAUCCGCCCGCCCCGGGUGACAUACCGGCGGAUAAGCCAAAGCGCAAGAAGGCACGUCAAAACUAGUGUACUAUAGAUUUGCCUUCAAUUACAUUUACUUAGGUUAAGAGUCAAUAAUACAUGAUAAUAGAAAAAAACAAAACAAAA